AUGGUCAACAGGGCCCUGCUGGAUUUCCCCUCCCCCGGGACAAGAUGGCAGCUCCUUGUGUUUCUUAUUCUGGCAGCUCCCUUGGUAGGAUUUGGUUGGACUUGCCCUUCGAGGUGUGACUGCUCAGCCCAGGAGAAGGCCGUGUUCUGCAACGGUCGGCGCCUGACAGCGGUGCCCGGCGGGAUCCCUCCUGAGUCCGAGCUGCUGGACCUGAGCCGGAACCGUAUCCGCACCCUGCACCAGGGCAUGUUCUCUCGCCUCUGGGCCUUGAAGGAGCUGGACUUGAGUGAGAAUCUCAUCUCCAACAUCGAACCCGGGGCCUUCAACGGCCUGCAAAAGUUGAUGACUCUCCGGCUGCAGGGCAACGUGUUGAAGAUAAUCCCGGCGGGCGUCUUCACCGGCCUUCCCAAUCUCACCAUCCUGGACAUUAGUAAGAACAAAAUCGUGAUCUUCCUGGACCACUCCUUCAAAGACCUGGUCAGCCUCCGGAAGCUGGAGGCAGGAGACAAUCACCUGGUCUUUGUUUCGAGCCGAGCUUUUGGAGGCCUCCACCGGCUACAGCAGCUCACCUUGGAGAAAUGCAACUUGACCGGCAUCCCGACGCAGGCCCUCUCUCACCUUCACCACCUUGUGGAACUCAGGUUCAAAGUCCUGAACAUCAACGUCAUUCCUAACUACUCUUUCAGGAAGCUGCACCACCUGAAGGUUCUGGAGAUCAGCCAGUGUCCUUCCCUGGCUACGCUUGAGUCUUAUAGCCUCUUCGGCUUAAAUAUCACUGCUUUGUCUGUCACUAAGUGCAACCUUAGUGUUAUCCCGUAUGAAGCCUUCAAGCACUUGGUCUACCUCCGGUUCCUGGACCUCUCUUACAACCCCAUCUCCAUCAUCCACGGGAGGAAGCUGAGGGACCUCUCGCGACUUCAAGAGUUGCACCUUACCGGGGGCCGGCUGGCCGCCAUAGAGAACAAAGCUUUCCAAGGGCUAUACUACUUCCGCCUCCUCAAUGUCUCCAGCAACGCCCUGCAGACCCUUGAGGAAGGCGCCUUCCACUCUGUGGGCAACUUGGAAGUCCUGCGGCUGGACGGAAACCCCCUGGCUUGUGACUGCCGCCUCCUUUGGAUCAUCCGGAGGAGGCGGAGGCUGAAUUUCGAAGCCCAGCAGCCAGCCUGUGCCAGCCCCUCGGCAGUGGAAGGGAAGGCCUUCCGAGACUUUUCAGAGGUGCUGCUGGACCACUUCACUUGCAGGAGAUCUAAGAUUACGGACAGGACAUCUCAGAGGGUGAGCGUCGAAGAAGGAGGCCAGGCAACGCUGACGUGCAGAAGUGAUGGAGAUCCCGCACCAACCAUUUCCUGGGUGACUCCUCACAGAAUUCACCUGAAUUCCGGACGCAAGGGUCGGGUGAGAGUCCUUUUAGACGGCACCCUGGAGAUCCAGUACGCCUUGCCUAAGGACACCGGGCUAUACCGCUGCAUCGCGAGCAACGUAGCUGGGAAUGACACCCUGGUGGCUCACCUCCAAGUCCGUCCGUUCUCCAGACACCUGCGGAACGAUUCGUUCCUCCUGAGCAACGUCAGCUUUGUCAACACCACAGAGAGCCUCCACCUGCUCCUCGUUGAUGUCAGCACCUUGGUGGGGAUCCUGGCCAUCGGGAUCAUGCCCUUUCUCUGCUCUGUCACCGUUUGCUUUCUUUUCAUCUUACUCUGGAUUAGGAGCCAAGGGAGAACGAAGCACCGUGUGAACGAGCGAUCUCCCCGUUAUUCCCAUGGUUACAAGGCUGUGUCCAGCAAACAAAGAACAACAGCCCAAAAUCCAAGAUGA